AUGAUGGUUCCUAGUGACGAUAGCUUUAUUAGCGACGAAGAAGAAGAAUUUUGCCCGUUAUGCGUGGAAGAAAUGGAUAUUUCAGAUAAAAAUUUCAAACCAUGCCCUUGCGGGUACCAAAUCUGUCAAUUUUGUUACAAUAAUAUUAGACAAAACCCAGAAUUGAAUGGAAGAUGUCCGGGAUGUAGAAGAUUAUAUGAUGACGAUAGUGUCGAAUACAAGACAAUCACGUCAGACGAAUAUAGAAUGCAACAAUUAAAGAGAGAAAAACGUGAAAGAGAGAAGAAGCAAAGAGAAAAAGAGAAGAAGGAAACGGAAAUGGCUAAUAAGAAGCAUUUGGCUGGAUUGAGAGUGGUGCAGAAAAACUUGGUGUAUGUGACAGGGUUGAAUCCUCCUUGUAAUCCUGAUGAUUUGCACUCAGUCUUGAGAUCAGACAAAUAUUUUGGUCAAUACGGUAAAAUUCUGAAGAUUGUAAUCAAUAAAAAGACUCCUAAUCCACAGAGUGCUCACCAUCAUCACCAAAAUCCUGGCUUGGUUGUAUAUGUGACGUUUGUUAAGAAGGAAGACGCGUUGAAGUGUAUUAAUGAGUUGGAUGGUUCAUUAUGUGAUGGUAGAGUUCUAAGAGCAGCACAUGGUACUACCAAAUAUUGUUCCUCAUAUUUGCGGGGCCAUCCUUGUCCAAAUCCAAACUGUAUGUUUUUGCAUGAGCCUGGUGAAGAAGCAGAUUCUUACACUAGAAAAGACUUGUCUACUCAGCAAGGUAUUAAGAUGGGUAUGAUGGGUUUAUCUGGUUCAAGCGUUGAAGGCAAUACCAAUAUUACAAAUGCUGGGUUUAAUAACCAAAAUACGUCAAGUAAUAACUCACAACAUUCUAAUAGCGCUGAAGAAGAUAACGAUGGUUCCGACGAUGACAGCGAUCACCACACCUCGAGUCCUAAUCCAAUGCCAAACUCUGCGUCUUCUUCAAAUGGGGCUGUUUUACCUGCUACUGCUCACUGGGCUAAAGGUCUGAGCUCAGCAAGUGGUUCUCCUUCUGUUAAUAGUACUGCUUUAGCCAAUGCUGCAGCUUUCCCAACCUUAGGCGAGAUCUUCCGUGAUCAAAAACAGCAACAAAGAAAAGAAGGCAAGAUUAAUAAGGGUAAAGUUGGAAGAUCUUCGAAGGAUAAUAGCAUUUUACUUCCUGAUGAUAUUGAUAUCGAUAAUGAUUCGGCUAUUCAUUUCAUGGAAGAAACUUCAGAAAUGUUAAGAAACUUAUCCGAAAGAAGAGAAAAGUUACAAGUUUAUUUCAAGAAAUUGACAGAAAAUGCUGAUAAUAAAGUGUUACCAUUGUUUGCCUUCAAUAAAAGCACAAAGUUAUCUAACAAUAGUAAUCUUGAAGAGGAGAAGUUGAUUGCUCGUCAAGUUAUUGAAAGAUUUAUCUUGAAACCUAUUAAAAACUACCACUUGGCUUACCAAAAUCAUCCAAUUACACAACAACAAACCUUGUUACAACAGCAGGCACAAUUACAGCAACAACGUCAGCAAACGCCUAGUAUACAAGCUGCUCAAAUACAGCAAUUACAAAUAGAACAGCAAAAACGAUUAUUAGAACAACAAUCCCAACAAACUGGAAAUGGAACACCUGUGUCAACUAAUGCUCCGUUGCAGCAACAACAACAAUUAUUGUUGUUACAACAGUUACAACAACAGCAACAACAGCAACAACAACACACUCCAUCGCAAGCUCAAGCUCAGAUUAAUAUGAUAAGAGCUCGUGAACGUUCAGCGAACACUUCUACACCUCCACCACCUGGGUUAUUCGCCGCCGCUAAUGGUUCCAAGAGUACGCCUAACCCACCUCAAAUGCCAGCACAACCUCAACAACAACCGCAAGGACAGCAAUAUGCACAACAACCUGCUGCUGGUAACCAAUCUUCAAGCUCACAAUUAUUAACACAAUUGAUGAGUGGUAAAAGAUAA